AUGCAAAAGCUAGAUUAUGCAAUAAGUGGACGCGUCAAAAAUGUCACAAGAAAAAGAAAACUGGCACUCUCAAGAAAGCUCCACAAGUUGGAUGAUCACUCACCAAUCAAUAGAAAUGAAAACUGGGUCCGCGAUCUCUCCAAUCGGGUGAUCACACAGGAUGAAAAACGAGUCCUCAAUAAAGGACUCAACUGCAACGUCAGAAAGGCCACAAACAAGGAAUACUUGGUGGAACUGGGACAAACUCUCAAAUCGUUCACAAUGCUUGAGGAUGUGAAACAAACCAUCCGACGAACAGUCGAAACAGCCCUGAUGCGAAAAGGAAAAGACAACAUUCUUUCAAACGGUGAGGACAAAGCACCCAAAACACUGAAGAUGGACAAAAAUACCUUCAUCCUACCAGCAGAUAAAGGAAGAACUACUGUGGUUAUGAACAAAACUGACUACAUUCAAAAGGCUGAAGAACAAGACACAGACACCUACCGCAGAAUAGACACGGACUCCACCGCGAAACUGGAAAAUAAAAUCAACACCACAUUGAAACGACUGGAAGAACUGCAUCAAAUAACCAAAGCGGAACACUGGAGAAUGAGAGCUAAAAACUCCGUAAUCGCACAAUUCUACGAACUGCCGAAGAUAUACUGGGAAGGAAUUGCCCUGAGACUGAUCGUUUCCCCUCCAGGAACAGCCACAGAUAAGUUGAUAAAAGAAUUAUGGAACCGACUGAAGUCGCUCAUCGCUGGGCAUGAACUCAAGACAGUUCCCGGACAAGCAAAAAUCUGUCAGCAUCCAAGAAGUCGAAAUAAUGAUCUCGUUUGA